GCCAUCUUCGCGCGAUAUCGUCCGUUCUACCCCCUUGAUUCUUGCGUCGCGGCACAGGAGUCCGCGACCUCGCAGGAUGAUCCGAGCGCGCGAGCUUAGAUUGAUCGCGACGUAAGAAGGAGAAAAUACGGUCGUGAGGAAGUUGGGUUACAUCGCGGCUGAAAGUCGCACGAAGGAACAUUUCCGAAUUCCGCGGGGGAUCCAUGUGCUCGCAGCAUGGCUAUCAUGCAGUCCUGUUGCUGUUGGCAGUCCGUACGGAGGGGCAGUUUCGCAUGUGCGAUUUAUACCGGAAUAUACUUCGCGGUGUUGGCUUUGACUACCGGCAUGGUCCUGCUGGAAGAGAGCCAGUACUUGACGGGGAACCGCUCUCUGCCGGAGUCGUCCAGCAUGCUGGAGGCGGGAACCAUAUCGCCGACGACGGUUCGGUUCAACGCAAUGCUGCUUGUCUGCUCCUGCUGCGGCGUGCUGUGCAGCCUCCUUCUUUUGUACGGCUUAUUGAAGGAUCGCAAAAUGUUGCUGAUUCCGUGGAUCAUCGUGGUGAUCGCUUGCGGCUUCGUCGACGUAGCGCAUUCUCUGUACCUGAUCUUCGUCGCUCCCAACUUCAUCCCGGCAACGGUUAUGCUCUACACGUUAAAUUUCUUCCUCCUCUGCUUGAACGUGUAUUCGCUGUUAUGUGUCAUCUCGCAGUACCAAGAAUAUCUGGCUGGUCGCGGCACCGCCGCGCAUGACUACGAAUACAGGGUUCCAGUGGUAAAAUACGUAACUCAGCCGCCGACUACGACCGCCACGUCGUGUUUAAGUUCACGAAGAGGGGCGACCAACAACGAGACAAAGGCCACGCCGACUCAAAGUCCCACGGCGUGUCACAAUCCUCUCUUAUCGGAGAGAAGUCCCACUGGGGGUCGGCUGUCGAGAAAACACGUGCAGUUCCCCGAUACAACGUCGCCGAGUCAGGUACAGAGACCAGAAAUGCCAACGGCAGAAAUCCCGACUAUAUGCUCGCCGAAAAUUGAGCGCAAUAAUGCAAAAGCCUGGCUGCAACCUAAUGACGCCAUAACGAUCGUGGUCAGCCAGUCCUCCCCGUCAAGCGACGAUGGACACGUCCAUUACUCGUGAACAGGAAGGAAUAUAUUCGACCAAACGUGGAAAAUUGUUAAUAGUCCGAAUGUAUGCGAGUGCCAUGUGCACUUCGCGAACGUACGCGAGUGUGUGAGUGAAUGGAAAGGAUGGAUGAUGAAAAUGAUGCCUCGAUGUAAAUAUAUAAAUGGAUUUUUAU